UUUUCAUAAAUCCCAAGUAGUAAAUAAUAAAUAUAAUUCAAUAUAGUACGCUAUGACGUUGAGACGUUGAGAAUUGAAAUUUUUAAUUGUUGUAUUAUAAUAUGAAAAUUAAAACAUUCCGUUCAUAAUGUAGUUUGUAGAACACCAGUUUACUACAAAUGUAUAUAAGUAGAAUAUUUUAUUUAAUGAUAUGGGCUCGAUUGCAUCAGUCCUUCAAUGGCAUUGCAGUUCAUGCUCACUUAUAAAUCCUACUGAUCGUGCAACUUGUAUACGUUGCAAUGUGCAUAGAAGUUUUGCUUAUGGGGAACAAGCAAAUAAUAUUAAAACAAGAACUAUACAUGGCUGUCCUACUCCCUAUGUUACAGAUAUUUUGUGUGCAGAAGCUGAAAUUGCUGCUGGUGCAUUAAGUCUUGACGAUGCUGAUCCAACAAAAAUUGACCCAAAAAAUCACAUAGUUAAAUUACAAUUUAAAUCUGUUGAACUUCAACGCCGAAAAUCAUGGAAUGGUUAUGAGGCUUACUCCCAAACAUCACUUAGGCCAUCAAAAAGUUCAACACUUUUAACAUCAGAAAACGGAUCAUGGUUAUGUAAAAAUUGUCGAGCUAGAAACAGAUUUACAAAACAAUGUCAAAAUUGUGAUUCCUUUAAAAUGUUAAAAGGCCAAAAAAAAGACGGUUCUUCUAUUACAGCCAUUAUGUCAUUUGAAAAUGAUAAAAAAGAAUCUAAAGCCUUAAAUAAUUGGAUUUGUGAAAAAUGUUCUUUUGCCUUUAAUCCAUUUUGGUCAGAUUCUUGCGAGUCGUGUGGUUGGAAUGCCAUUACAAUGAUGCGUGAUUGUGUACGAUAUACACCGCCCAAAAAGAAAUGGCCAUGCAAGCGAUGUACACUACUUAAUGAUCCAAAUACUACUGUUUGUAAUGCUUGUGGAGGAUCAAAAGCUAAAAGUCUGUGCACAGACGAUGGAACGUUAAGAGAAUUUUGGACUUGUGAUAAGUGUACAUUAAAAAAUAAACUAUCAGCCACAGUAUGUAAAGCUUGUAAAACUAGUAAACGGGCAAAUAAAAAAAGACGAUCUAAUAAUCAAUGUCCAACGUGCACAUUUGAAAAUGAACCCAAUUCAAAAUGUUGUGCGAUGUGUCAUAAAUAUCUUGAAUCUGAAUAUUAUUCAUCAAUAUUGAUAUCAAAUCACCCAAAAAAACAAAGCGAACUAAUGGAAAACUUGAGAAAAAUUGAAGAACAAGAAGCACGUGAAAAAUGGAAUGAAAUUGUACUUUUUUGCUUAAAAAAUAAUCAAGAAUUUGUUGAUGAUGUAUUUCCCCCGGCUCCAAAAUCUUUAUACUACAGUGAGAGAAAUGAAAGUUGUCGGGUAACUCAAUGGUUACGACCAAAAUCAAUAAUCAGCUCAGAUACAGAUAAUGAUUUGUGUUGGACAGUAUUUAGAAAGCCUAAGCCAUCUGACAUUAUUCAAGGUGUUUUGGGAAACUGUUGGCUACUAAGUGCAUUAACAGUUUUAGCAGAACGAGAAGAUUUAGUACGACAUGUUAUGGUUACCAAAGAUUAUUGUGAACAGGGUGCAUACCAAAUACGACUUUGUAAAGACGGAAAAUGGACCACUGUUCUUGUUGAUGAUUUAUUGCCUUGUGAUUAUAAGGGACAUCUUGUGUAUAGUCAGGCAAAACGUAAACAGUUAUGGGUUCCUUUAAUUGAAAAGGCAAUAGCUAAGCUGCAUGGUUGUUACGAAGCACUUGUCUCUGGAAGAGCAAUUGAAGGUCUGGCCACAUUAACUGGGGCUCCAUGUGAAAGUGUACCCCUUCAACCAUCUUCAGUGCCAACAGAAGAUGAAUUGGAUCGUGAUCUCAUUUGGGCACAAUUAUUAAGUUCUCGUCUUGCUGGGUUUUUAAUGGGAGCAUCUUGUGGUGGUGGUAACAUGAAAGUAGAUGAAGAUGCAUACCAGAGUAGAGGUUUAAGACCAAGGCAUGCUUAUUCUGUAUUGGAUGUUAAAGAUAUUGAGGGGAAACGUUUGUUAAAAUUGAGGAACCCAUGGGGACAUUUUUCAUGGAAUGGAGAUUGGUCUGACGAUUCUGACACAUGGACAAUUAAAUUAAAAACUAUGUUAAUGCCUGAUGGUUGUUGUGAAGGAGUGUUUUGGAUAUCCUACUCUGAUGUUUUAAAGUAUUUUGAUUGCAUCGAUAUUUGUAAAGUAAGAAACAAUAUGUGGAAUGAAGUUCGACUAAAAGGAUAUUUGCCACCAUUAUCCUCAACUGAUCACUUAUCUUGUGUUAUUAUAACAGUCUCAGAACCUACCGAAGCAGAAUUCACUCUAUUUCAGGAAGGACAAAGAAAGUCAGAAAAAUGUAAUAGAAGUCAACUAGAUUUGUGUGUAGCAGUUAUGAGAAGUAGAGAGGUAACAGCUGAACGACCAAUUUCUAUUGGACGACUUGUUGAGCAUAGUAAACGACAAGUUCGAGGUUUUGUAAGCUCUCAUAAAAUGUUGGAGCCAGAUGUUUAUGUUGUUGUCUGUUUAGCUUUUAAUCAUUGGCACACAGAUUUGAUAGAUCCAUCGGUUUAUCCAGAAUUUGUAUUGGCUAUUCAUAGUUCUAAACGUUUACUGGUUGAACAAGUAUCUCCACCUUCUUUUGUUUUGGCUGAUACUAUUAUUAAUUUAACACUAGCCAAAGGACAAAGGCAUGAGGGGCGUGAAGGAAUGACUGCUUAUUAUUUGACCAAGGGUUGGGCGGGUCUUGUUGUAGUUGUUGAAAAUCGUCAUACCAAUCGAUGGAUACACGUGAAAUGUGACUGCCAAGAGAGUUAUAAUGUUAUGUCCACUAGGGGUUUACUCAAAACAAUUGACUCUGUACCACCUUUACACAGGCAAGUUAUAAUUGUACUAACACAAUUGGAAGGAAGUGGAGGAUUUUCCAUUGCACACAAGCUAACUCAUAGAUUAGCUAAUCAAGCUGGACUUCAUGAUUGGGGACCACCUGGGUGUUCUCAUUUGCCACAAAUACAAAAAUCCAUAGAAGGGCUCCACUCUCCAAGACUGAUUACUUAAUUAAUAUUGUAACAAAAUGUAGUAUAGGUUGUGCUCCUCCUCCCGGAACCUAUGAUCCAAGAAGUCCAAAACCAAAAACCAUUAAAGGACCAAAAAUUAAUGCUGCCGAAAGAUUCAAGCAACCAAUUGGACUUCAA